AUGAAUAUUGUUAGUUGGAACUGCCGGGGAGUGGGUCACCCGUGUGUAGUUCCUGGUCUUAAGUACCUCGUCCGGGUGUAUAAGCCGGAUGUUCUGUUCCUCAGUGAAACUUUAUCAAAUACUCGUAGAAUGGAGGAGUUGCGUCAUUUGUUGGGUUUUGAUUCUUGUUUUGGCGUUAAUCGUGAAGGUAGAGGGGGUGGUUUAGCUUUUAUGUGGCGCUCUUCUUUCCAUUGUUCUGUUACAAAUUUCUCUUCUAAUCAUGUGGAUGUGGAGGUAGCUGAUGCAGUUAAUGGUAAUUGGAGGUUAACGGGCAUCUAUGGAUUUCCUGGAAGUGGUCGAAGGAGAGACUCUUGGAAUUUCUUGAAACAAUUGUCACAGAUUUCUAGUCUUCCUUGGUGUGUGUUUGGUGACUUUAACGAUAUUUUAUCUUCGUCUGAGAAGAAAGGUAGGAAUGACAGAGCACCUUGGCUGAUCAAUGGUUUUAGAUCAGCUGUUUUGGAAUCUGGUUUGGCAGAUGUUCAUAUGGAGGGUUAUCCCUUCACUUGGUUUAAGAGCCUCGGCACUUUUCGCGCAGUGGAGGAGAGGCUUGAUAGAGCAUUGGCUAAUGAUGCAUGGUUCCAUAAAUUCCCUAAUGCUGUUCUAGAAAAUUUGCCUGCCCCAGCAUCUGAUCACUAUCCUAUCCUUCUGGUUCGUGAGCCUGAGGCUCGUACUAGAAGAGCUCGGUCUCGUUUCAACAAAGGAACUUCUAAAAGGAAUAGAAGGGAUUAUAAAUCUAAGUUUGCUCUGUCUAUGUCCGAUUUGGUUUUUGAAUCGAAUGUUAACACAUCCGAGAAAGCAACGGAAGGAGAAUCUCAAAAACCUAAACCUGUGUCUGAAGUUGUUGAAACAAUUCCUCCUGCUGGUGACCCUAGCGAAGAAAAUUUGGGAUCUGACGCUGCAAAACAAGAUCUUAACUCUAUGCCUGUUGAAACGGAGAUUGAAGACACCCAUACAGAAGUUGAGCCUGACAUUGCUGAUAAAUCACCAACUCUUGCUGAAAUGGAAGCUGAUGCUGCAAAAGAUGUUGAGACAACUGUCACAACAUCUGAGACCUCAGAUGAAGAGACUGAAAUUGCUGAUGAAGGAGCUUCUGCUGAUGAAGAGGAAACUCAAUCUGAAGAGAGCAACCAGGAUGCCAUGUUCUCUAUGCAACCAGAUAAAUGUCCAGGACCUGAUGGAUUUAAUCCGGGUUUCUUUCAACAUUUCUGGCAUCUGUGUGGUCAAGACAUCUUUGAUGAAUGUUGUAAAUGGCUUACCACAGGUUCUUUCCCUUCUACACUAACUUUGACAAACAUUGCUCUCAUUCCUAAAGGGGAUUCACAAGUAUCUAUGAAAGAUUGGCGCCCUAUCUCUCUUUGUAAUGUUAUCUACAAAUUGGUGGCAAAAGUCUUGGCGAACAGGUUGAAGCCUAUUUUAAGUAAGUGUAUUUAUGAUAAUCAAUCUGCUUUUGUCCCUGGUCGAUCUAUCUUGGAUAAUGCGAUGGUAGCUAUAGAGGUGGUGCACUAUAUGAAAUCAAAGUUAAGAGGUAAAGUAGGAGACAUAGCUCUUAAACUCGAUAUUAGCAAAGCCUAUGAUAGGAUUGAUUGGGAUUAUCUUCGCGGAGUUAUGCUAAAGAUGGGUUUCUGUACACAAUGGCUAACGUGGAUUAUGAUGUGUGUAGAAACAGUUGACUAUUCCAUCCUUGUGAAUGACAAAGUGGCUGGGCCAAUUACUCCUAGCAGAGGUCUUCGACAAGGAGAUCCGCUUUCACCUUAUCUUUUUAUUAUUUGUGCAGAAGGGCUCACAACUCUUAUCAGACAGGCAGAGGCUCGUGGUGACAUACACGGCGUUAAAAUUUGUCGGAAUGCUCCUAUUGUUUCUCAUUUGUUAUUUGCAGAUGACUGCUUCUUAUUUUUCAGAGCUAAUAUUAAUGAAGCUGAGGCAAUGAAAAAUAUUUUAAAUACUUACGAUGCAGCGUCAGGACAAUCUAUAAACUUUCAAAAAUCAGAAAUCUUUUGUAGCCGAAACGUUUCAGGUGAUAUCCAAAACUCUGUUGCUACGUGUCUUGGAGUACAUGCUGUCCUGGGUACUGGAAAAUAUCUAGGAUUACCUUCGAUGAUUGGACGUAGUAAGAAAUCUAUUUUCAGCUUCAUUAAAGAUAGAGUGUGGAAGAAGAUAAACUCUUGGAGUAGCAAAACUCUUUCUAAGGCAGGGCGUGAAGUUCUCAUCAAAUCUUGGGGUCAUUCGGGUGUUCGUAAUAAAGGUAUUCAUUGGAUGUCGUGGGAAAAACUAUCUAUGCAUAAAAGUGAUGGUGGGAUGGGUUUUAAAAGUCUCCCUGCAUUCAAUCUCGCUAUGUUGGGCAAGCAAGGAUGGCGAGUGAUGUCCAAUCCGAAUAUACUUAUCUCCAAAAUCUACAAAGCUAGAUAUUUUCCUCAUUGUGACUUCUUUGAUUCUAAGGUGGGUCAUAAUCCUAGUUUUGUUUGGAGAAGUAUUUGCAAUUCUAAAUUCAUUCUUAAAGCAGGUAGUCGUUGGCGGAUAGGAAGUGGUAAAGAUAUUCCUUUAUUGAACGAAAAUUGGUUAUAUGAUGCUUCAGCUGUGAGCCUUCAACAAACCAAUGUGCUUCUUGAUGCUAGACUUACAGUGGCUGAUAUCAUUAUUCAGGAUGAGAAGUGUUGGAAUAUGCCCCUUAUAACAUCAAUUUUUGAGCCAAACUGUGUAACGAAAAUUCUUGAUACUCCUUUAUAUAAAUCAGUGGUAGAUGAUAUGCGUAUUUGGCGUGUGGAGAAAAUGCAAAUUAAUGAGGAGGAUGCUUCUCUUUUGGCGUGUGUUAUAUGGAGUAUUUGGAAGCACAGAAAUAAUAUUAUUUGGAAUAAUGUUACCGACGCGCAAAAUUUUGUUUUUUCACGUGCAAAUAUUACUCUACAUGAUUGGCGGGUUGUGCACACAGCUAGGACUGGUGUGAAGAACCUGCAGGUGCGACACGAGAGUAGGUGGAAAAAACCUUCUAGCGGGCGGAUGAAAUGCAACAUUGAUGCUUCCUUUUCAUCUCUAAACAAUAGAGUUGGUAUUGGUGUUUGUAUCCGAGAUGAGUUUGGCGCUUAUGUGUUGGCUAAAUAUGAACAAUUUACACCUUUAUGUGAUGUUCGUUUUGGUGAAGCUCUCGGUUUACUUUCAGCUCUCAAUUGGGUUCACGAGCUAAACUUAGGACCAGUUGAUUUUGAGCUCGACUCAAAGAUAGUGGUGGAUAGUUUUCAUUCAAAUAAGUGUGAUGCUACUGAGCUCGGUGAUAUUAUUUCACAUUGUAAACAGCUAUUCUCUAAUUAUUACAACAACUCUAGUGUUGAGUUUAUUAGGCGACAAGCCAAUGAGGUUGCUCAUAGUUUAGCUAAGGCGGCCACAUAUGCAGCUAGUCCCCGUAUUUUGGUUGAUAUACCAAAUUGUAUUGAACACCUAUUGAUAAAUGAAAUGCUAUAA